CGAAGAAGUGGAUCUUACGGAACCUUGUACGGAGGAGAAGAAAAGUUUGUCACCCACAUCCAUGAAUGUAUUGAAUCGACAGAUCAUUGAAGAGGUUGUUGAAGAACCGCACGGAAUGAGAGUUUCACCAGAAUAUUUAACGGUAGUUGGAGGCCCAUCGGUAAAUGCAGCUAGUCCUAACACAUCAUCUGCCUCGCUCCCACUUCGAAGUAACCCAAGUAGUUCUUCAUUAGCAAAACAUAAUGCUAAACCAUUAUUCGAGACCACAUUUACAAUUUCCAACAAUACAAAUGAACCUCUCCGAUAUGAAAUACUAUGGCCUGCGUUCCGAUUUGACGUUAGCCCGGCAUAUGGUGUUGUUAAAGCUCAAGGCGUGACUGUCGUUAAAAUUUCAGUUAUGAAUAAGCACUUUUCUGCAGGUUCACGACGUGACGAGACCAAAGAUUCAAGAAAACUAAUGGGAAUCCUUAAAGGAUCGGAAACAAUUGACAAUAAUAAUAAGCCUUUGAUGGGCAGAACCAGGAUAUUGGUACUCUGUGAAAAUGGAGAACGAAAAGAAGUUGUAGUUGACAUUGUACAAGUAAAAAAGAAAGUAAAGGGUGAAACUGAUGCAGCACGAUCUUCAAAAAAUGUGAAAGAUUCAGAAGAUGGUAACUUUCGAAGGAGUUUCUCACAAAAAAUGGAUAAUCUUUUUAGAGUCGCAAAAAGAGCAAGAACGAAAAAGGAUAAUAAAGACGAAGAUAAAUCACGAUCAACCAAUAACAAAGUAAAGACAUCUGUAAGCAAGGCCAUAGGAUCCACUAGCAAAUCUGCGAGUUUAUCUGUUCCCAAAAAGAGCAUGUCAAGUGGGCCCACUAGUCGUCCCAGCAGCCCAGAAGGUAGUAAUAAGUAUAAUCAUACAGUGAGAAAAUAUGCAUCUACAACAUCAAUUCGUAGCCGACCAAAUACACCGGAUACUUAUAGACAAAUUACGUCGCCUUCACCUGGUAUUCGUUCACGAACACCUGAUGAGUCCAAACCUGGAAAGCAACUCCCACAACGUAAAAAUUUCAUAUACAUUGGUGUUCCUGGUAAUAUCAGUUGUCCAACAACGGUAAUUCGAGAAACGAACCAUAGCGUAUUUCGUAUUCAUAAUCCGACCAAUAAACCAGUUACUUGGCAUCUUACUACUGCAACAAAUCCUUUUCUGC